AUGACGUCCAAGUCAGUUAGGAUGUCACGGACGUCAAGGCAUUUGGCGACGGGUGAAGUGAACAAAUUCGCAAUAGAUUUAACUGUUGGAGGUGUUUCAGCAGCUAUUUCAAAGACCGCCGUUGCCCCUCUUGAGAGGGUGAAACUGUUGCUGCAGGUUCAAUAUUCACAUGGGAGUAUUGCUGCUAACAAGCGGUAUAAAGGAAUAUUUGAUGCUCUCGUUCGCGUACCCAAAGAGCAGGGCUUUUUUUCGUUUUGGAGAGGAAACUUGACAAAUGUGAUGCGCUACUUCCCAACGCAGGCGUUGAAUUUCGCCUUCAAUGAUCUCUAUAAGUCCAUUUUGCUGAAGGAAGUUGAUCGGAGUGAGGUACAGUUAUUAUACGACAGUUUUCAGCUUUUUUUCCUACAAAACUCAACUCAUGCCGUUCAGACUUUUUGGAAGUACACCUCACGUUCCUUAGUCUGUGGUGGUAUGGCCGGUUCUACAACAUUAUGUUUCGUAUACCCAUUAGAUUUCAUUCGUACGAGGUUGUCGGUUGAUGUAGGGACGCACAAGUUCAAUAGGGAUUAUACGGUAAGCCUUAAUCUAUCAGUGAUAGAAGUGGACUCGCAAAACCGCUAUUUUAAGGGGUUUAUGGAUUGCUUCAGAAAAACAUUGCACGUCGAUGGCUUUUUCGGCUUGUAUAGAGGCUUUUUCAUUUCAAUCCAGGUGAGUAUGCCUUCUUUGAUAAAUGUCCAACAUUUUUUAUCCUUUUGUAUGACUGUGUAUUUUCUUUUUUCAAACUUUUCUUUGUUUUUUUCGAAUCUAGAGCUGUGUCUAUACUUCAAACAUCUCCUUGCACUUUGCACUCCAUGUGACUGA